AUCAAUAAUAAUCUGCAAUUAAUUUGCUUAAAUUGCUUGGAUAAUUAAUUAUCUUUUGAUUACUAUUCGAAUUAAAACGAUAAUUUUUUCUCACAACCAUACGCAAGUAAUUAUAAUUGAAACCUGCACUUAGAGGUUAUGUUUGCAAGUUUGUGAUCAAAACAAACAUUCUACAAUCUACGAUGGUUUGUGAGAAAUGCGAGAAGAAAUUGGGGCGUGUGAUCACUCCAGACCCGUGGAAGACCGGGGCCAGGAACACCACAGAGUCUGGUGGCAGGAAAGUGGGAGAAAACAAGGCAUUAACGGCGAAGAAAGGACGAUAUAACCCGUAUACUUCGAAGUUCCAGGAAUGCAAGAUCUGCCGUACAAAGGUGCACCAAGUUGGCUCACACUACUGCCAGGCAUGUGCAUACAAGAAGGGCAUCUGCGCUAUGUGCGGGAAGAAGAUUCUGGACACUAAGAACUAUAGGCAGAGCUCUACGUAGUGGCAUAUAUGGUUUAGUUUUAAUUUAAGUUAAAUAAUUCUUCUUCUCCUUCAUUUUAGGGGCUAUAUAAGGCUCCAAAGCCUAUGUAUCACUGCGACCAUUCCUGAUCUAUUGUGAUCGCCACCUACUACAACUCUCGAUCCAAACCUGCAACUUCAAACAGCUGCAGGAUCUUUUUGAUCUCGAGAGACUUUAACUCCUCCGGGCGCAAUAUGUGUCCGCCCAAGAUUAAGUCACGAGUACGCAUUAGGCAAGGACACUCUGUGAGAAUGUGCAAGGUCGUCUCCUCUGCCUCCAUACAUAUUGUUAACUUAAAUAAUUACUAUAUUGUUAGUUGUUAA